AAAUUCUGUAUGCCUGUGUAUGUAUUUUAACAUUUUAUUGAGCAUUUUCUGUUUCUUAUUUUCAUAGUCUGUAAUAACUUGGCAGCAGUUCUUAAAGGUGCAUUGUGUAAUACCAGAGAGAAAUAUGAGAAGUUGUCUGAGCUGCCCUGUGCUGGCUGUUUGCUAGAUUCAAUUUAGCAAUCCUUGUUGGCGUACCAGUGGGUGGAAUUAGAUUUCUUUCCUCUUGCUCGGGUUCCAAGUCAAGAAAAUAUAUUUUGUUAACUCAAAUGGUAUGCAGAGAUUUUGUUUGGGAGUUACAAAGUGGACCGAAAAGGAGGAGGUGCAGAAGUUUCUGAGAAGGUCCAGAAAAUAAGUACAAAGCAAUUUUGGUCCCACUUUUCCACAACGAUGCAUUAAUUUACCCUAAGUUAACAUUAGUUUAUGUUAUACUGAUAAUUAUAAAGCAUUAGCAUAGGGGUUAGGUCAGGUCUUGUAAUGUACUUUUCAGUUUUCUUUGGUUAGGGUUACUCUGGUUAGGGUUAGGGCAGGCGGGUCAGGAUUAGGUUUAUAGUUAACCCUGAACCCAACCCUAUUCAAUAAUGUACACAUUUAAACCUUAGUAAACAUGAACACCAUUAUCUUAUAAAACAUCAAGACAAUUUUUAAAUGUAUUUUGUCAAUCAUAGUAUACCAUGAGUUCACUGUUUAUAACUGUUAGUUAAUACUUAUUACUGCUCUAACAAAUGUAAUUAAUGAAUGGUUAAUUAAUGGACCCUUAUCGUAAAGUGUUUCAGCAAAUUUGAUGAGGGUAUGGGUCCUGGGAUUCGCAAAUAACAGAUGGAUUUGGAAAUUGCUUCAUUGCUCCACAAGAUAAUCAUGUGGAUCAAAAUGAAAUGACAAAGAGACACAGACGGUGGCUCCAUGUUUGUUUGAAUCGUGCUGGGAGAUGGUUAUAGUUAGAAAUGGCCUCAUGGAGCUGUAGAAUCGUCAGUGUCUUUGUGUGAGUGUACAUCCUGUGUAUAUAAUGCCGGACCGUAUUAAGUUAAGAGUGGGCAGCGUGAAACUUAAAAGGAAUAUUUAGUGAACAUUCAGUUCAUCCCUUAAAAAGAAAAAAACGUCACUGAUGAAACCGAGCCUCAUAGUGUGUGGGAGUGAGGCUACAGCUUGGAGUGCAGGAUCGAUGCUGUUAGGGGGGGAGCUGGAAGCCUGCUAUUUAUGGUGCAUCUACAGUUCUCUGGAUGUGAAUCUGUCUUGUCUCUGUAGCAAUGCAACAUAAAAUAGCCUUAAUGUCCCUGAUCUUCUGGAUGCCAUGAUGCUGAUCGUGUGUACCUGUCGGUGUGAUUGACUCACAGAAUUACAUUAAAAUGGAAGAUUGUUCAAAUAAAUGAUACCACUGGAAUUUACCACGUGCACAUGCAGCAGUGGUGUCAAUUACCGACCUGUGGAAAAGCCAAGGUACAGACACAUUUUUAUGUUUUGCUGAUUCUCCAGUAUUAAAUAUUCUGCUCUGUUCUGUUGUAUUUUUAUUCAUGCUACAAUAAAUGUAAAUUAUUUUGAGUUAUGUAUAUCAAGCUUUGUACAACAUACUGGAGUGAUGUCCAAUUCCUCUUGCCAGAUAGCCCCAGGUUGUUCAGGUGGGUUGAAUGAGGCUUGUGGGCCACAAUUUUGAAACAGAGCCAGAGAUGGUGGAUGUCUUAGUUCUGUUGUUCUUGUGUUCUUGUGUUACCAGCCUUGUUCCUUGGGAUCGAAAGGGGACUUCUAAUAAUCGUCUGUGUUUUUUAGAAGACUAAGUCUGAGGUAUUCAUUCAAUACCUUUCUGUAUUUAUUAUUCCAUCCCCUUGUAGUUCUAUUUGAACACAAUGUCGAGUCACUGUCUAGUCCCCGCUGAUGUGUUUCCAUUGUUCUUAUUCACCCAGUGGCCAUUUUUGAUUCUCAAUACUAACUGGUUGGAGGAGCUGAAAGUGGAAUCCUGCAUUCUGUUCGUUCACCGAGCUAGUGUUCAGAAACAAGAUGGAAGCAAUGUGGCCACAGUAGGAGAAAAGGCCAAUAGCACACGUCACAUUAACAGCACAGAGAAGAAAAGGACAGAUUUCGGUCCUCACCAUAUCAUCAGCCAGAGACUCUUAACAGGUCAUCGGCCAUUACUACACGGGUGGCCUGAUGCCUUACAGAUAUGUUGUAUCUGGAAGAAAAUAUAGUAAGGAUGUGUGAGUGCUUUGAUAUUAAAGUACUAUUAAUUAUAAAGUUAUUUUAGCAUUAUUCAUAUCAAUAUUAUUAAUAAUACUAUUAUUAAUAUUAUUGUUAUGAUUUUUUAUAUGUGUUGACGAAGUGGACCAGUGUGAGGACAAUAUGGCCAGAAGGUCAUUUGCCCUCUGUUCGUCCUCAUCUGGUGAUCUUCAGACACACUGGCAGAGGAGGACCAUUGCAGAGUAAUUUUGUCUUCUGGAUUCUUACUAAAGUAAUGUUUGCUUGUAAGAUUAACGUUAACUGAGAGAACAAAAUUUGUAAGGUGAACAUAACAGGCUUCAUUGUUACUUGGAUACUGUAAUCCGCACCUUAUAGCAUACAACAGUGUUAGGGAUAACAGUGAGGGACAGCAACAUGUACAGAUUAUCUAUUGGGAAGCUUCACAAGUAGAUAAAAAAAACAUUGACCUCCAAAAUCGAUGUUUAUAACCGACCAAAGUUGAGCCAUCACUUCAUCCAAUCCUCCAUCAGUAUAAGACACAGUUUCAAAUGCAAUACAAUGUAGAGGGCAGCCCACGUACUCCAUGUUGAGAUGCAGCAGGAAUACAAAAAAAUAAAUAAAAGUGCUGGUCUUGUAUCGCCUAUCUCCCAGCUGUGUCCCCAGGGAGCCACACUGCAGCCAAUGUGACUUUGUCACACAGGGGUAUAAAUCUGAAGCACUGUUAACAGAAUUGACCCUAUCCCAGGAGUAAUGGAGCUGUCACUGGUAAAGUCUGACCCUAGAAUAACCCCCUUACACAACCAGCUCUGCAGGGGGAGCCCUGUUUGUGGUAGAUGAUAUCUGUCAUCCUCACUGGGAUGAAAGAAAGAAUAGGGGUCAUACUGUUAAUACAGGAGAGGCUGUGUGUGUGUGUGUGUGUGUGUGUGUGUGUGUGUGUGUGUGUGUGUGUGUGUGUGUGUGUGUGUGUGUGUGUGUGUGUGUGUGUGUGUGUGUGUGUGUGUGUGUGUGUGUGUGUGUGUGUUUGAGUCAGUCUGUGCAUAGUUGUGUAUAGGUCUUCUGACAUGUAGUUUACUGCAGUUGCCCGAUUUGAGACGUUUAUAAUAGGAUACUUCGUCAACCAUCACACUGUGGAGGGUAUGAGAGUGGUACAGCUGCCAAGAACGAGCAUUACUGAUUAUCGUGAUGGUUUUCUGUCAUCCCUUCGAGCCAUUGAAAGGAGAACCCUCCUAACAAGUGUGUGAGUGUGCUUUGAAGAAAAUCAAAUUUUACAAAAAAAAAUGCAGGCAACUGUAUAUAGCAUGAAUCAUUGUUUUAUCAAACCUACUUUGAGUUACCGAAGAGCUGCACAAUAGAGAGACAUUUUGAGGAAACGGUUUUUGCAACUGAAGAAGGCUCGUCAGAAGCUUUGAGGAAUGCAUGGGAGGGGGGCGUUGUGGUCACGCGCUCACACUUCUCCAGCCUCGCACUUCCCGCGCUGCGCCGUGCCGUGUGCUGUGUGCUGUUCAUUUCACUCCCGCGUUGGACACAACCAACUGGCGACAGACGGGAGGACCCCUACUGCAUCGGACCGAUUCUCUGAAAGCUAAACGACAUAUAUGACCUGAAUCAACGAGGAACUUCAACUCUCGCGGGUUAAUGCGUGACGGCGUGGCGCCAGAGGACAUGGGAGGAUGGAGUGCUCCUGGAAGACAGUGCUGCUGCUGGUGUGCGCGUCCCUGGGGGUUCAGUACACGGCCAUCCGGACCCUGAGCGACACCCUCCCCGGACCCUGCCAGGGAUCCCUCAACUGCCACGCCAGACAGCCCCGAGACUCAAGGUGGAAAGCCUUGUGUGAAGACGCCUGGCUGCCCUCCGCCUCGCCCCAGAAACACAUCCUCCUGUUUGCGACCACGCGCAGCGGCUCGUCCUUCACCGGCCAGCUCCUCAACCAGCACCCGGGGGUCUUCUACGUGUUCGAGCCCCUCUACCAUGUCCAGCAGGCCUUCUCCAACACCAGCAGCAGACAGCGCCGGACGCUGGAUCGCCGAGCGCUCCUGGGCGCCUACAGGGACCUGCUCCUGAACCUCUACACCUGCGACCUCCGCUUCAUGGAGAACUACAUCCGCCCCGAGCCGCAGGAGCACGUCACCGGCGCCUUCUUCCGACGCAGCUCCAGCCACGCCCUCUGCACGCCCCCCGUGUGCCCGGCCAAGAGCGAGGCGGUGGCCGACGGGCUGCCGGACGAGACCUGGUGCCCCAAGGACUGCGGGGCGCUGAACCUCACCCUGGCCUCUGCGUCGUGCCUGUCCAAGGGACACGUGGCCAUCAAGACGGUCCGCGUCCCCGAGAUCGCGGACCUGCGCACCUUGAUCGAGGACCCCCGUCUGGACCUGAAGGUCAUCCACCUGGUGCGGGACCCCCGGGCCAUCCUGGCCUCGCGCAUGAUGGCGUUCUCGGAUCAGUUCCGCGCCUGGAAGAUAUGGAACGCCACCCGGCGACAGCCGCGCUACGUGGACCUGUCGCAGAUCACGAGCACCUGCAAGGACAUGGCGGCCUCCGUGGAGACGGGGCUGCGGAGGCCCUCCUGGCUGCGGGGGCGGUACCUGCUGGUGCGCUACGAGGACCUGGCCUCCAACCCCGAGGAAAGGGCCUCGGACAUCCACAGGUUUGUGGGGCUGCAGAAGGACAGCCGGGUGUCGUCGUGGAUCUCGCAGAACACAAACAGGGACGCGUGCUCUCCGUCCGAGUGGAACUUCAGAUACUCCACCACCCGGGACUCCAGAGCCACGGCGGAGAGCUGGAGGCUCCGACUGGACUAUGACAUCGUGAAGACCUUGCAGAGUCUGUGUAGCGACACCCUGGCUCUGCUGGGUUAUAAACAGGCUCGCUCGUUAGUGCAGCUCAGAAACAUGUCCUAUAGUUUGGUGGAAGCAAGAACCUUCCAGCCUCCGCUAUGAGAUUGAAAUUAUAUUUCAAAAAAUAAUAAUAAUGUGGAUACUUGCUGUUUCGGUUGCUCAUGAUACAUACAUACGGUUUAAUAUUUUAGGUCAUGGUGGUAGCCAUCAGUAGAGUCUUUAAAACGGGUAGGGCCAGCUAAAUCCCACUGCCAUUAAUAACAUCUGGAAAUCAGGUUAAAUUAGGACACUGUAUUUGUUUAAUACUUAUAUACAACGAAACCUACAGAAACACUGCAGCAAUUUGCCUCCUCUCUUGUUGUUAUUUUUCCGACCCUUUUUUGACUCUUAUGUCAACUCCAACGGGAGAUGAAGGCACUGAUUAAUUGUAGCGCUCGGCAAAGUGUAGUGCUUGGAAAAUCCACUUUAAAAUUGUUUGGACUGCGCUGUCACAUUACGCAUUGUAGUUAACUACUGGUCUUGACCGUGUCACUAUUCAGAUUGUGUAUUUUCUAGAUUUUUUCUAAAUAAAUUAUUUACACGUUAAUCUCUAUCAUAGAAGUGAACAUUGGAGGCCAAAAAUGCCUUCUGCCAAUUUUUGCCUAUUAGUUAUCUUUCUUUGUUUGUGUGCCACCUCAAGAUGCCAGCGCAUUUUGGAGUUCAGUCGCUCUCUUGAGAUAAACACUGGAUGUGGCCCAUGCAGAAAACUAAUUUUAGCACCAUUGCAUUGCUAUUGAUUAAGGUUGAUUUUCAGCCCAUAUAGCGGCCAGCGCCGCAACUCUCCAAAGCAAGGAGUCCCCUGGGAACCGGGAACGUCAAUGCUUGGGCUGAAGCAUUGCGCAACAAAAUGAGGAAAUAAAUAUGUUCUUCGACUAGCCCUGACUGCUAACCUUAAAAAAAUUGAAUUGGCCUUCUGAUAAUGAUUUUUCCAGCCCGUUCCACCCCCCAGACUUCCCACAGCUGGGCUAUAUCUGCUGACACUAGGGAUAGUGCGAUGCGGCACGGAGGAUUAAAUCAACAAUAGAUCCCUCUGAAUAGGAGGAGGAUUUAAGAUGCGAGGAGAAAAGAGGGGCUGUCUCCCUUUGAACUUCAUCUGCACGGCUCUCCCGACCUCCCACCAGGCCAGGCUUCAUGACACCCAGGGAGAUGUUCUUCCUGCGCUGCUCCAUCCCGGCCCUGACACCCAAAGCUGCGAAGGCCCUGAGUCAGCCAUCAGCUGAUUAGCCAGCCCUCUCCCUACGCUCCAUCCCGGCUGCGGCGUUCCGUCUCCAUCCACCCUGCUGACGAGGGCCGGGCCGGACGGCACUGGUAUGAGUGGAACGGGGAAGGCAACAUAGGCUAGUUUGUGAAGGGUGAAGGGUAGGGAUGGGUGGGUAGAUGAUGAUGAAUGGAUAAUGGAUAUGAGGGCGUGUGUGUGUGUGUGUGUGUGUGUGUGUGUGUGUGUGUGUGUGUGUGUGUGUGUGUGUGUGUGUGUGUGUGUGUGUGUGUGUGUGUGUGUGUGUGUGUGUGUGUGUGUGGCAGACAUGUUAAGAAUGAUGAUGAGAUGAUAAUCUUCUUUCUCAUACACAGAAAUCAUAACAAUAACAUGUCGAACACAGAACAAUGGCAAUGAAUGCACAAUGUUCCAUAUUGACCUCCAGGCAUCUACUUUGACCCUGUCUGAUACCAUUAGAGCCAUCUCUGACAUCCUGUGAUCUUGUGCAAAUCAAAAGCUUACUCAUCCAUUUCAGUUCAUACAGAGCUCAAAAAGAAUUACAAAUAUUUAAGUUACAUUAAUAAAGCUUUCACUCAA